UGCAGGCGCUGAGGCUGCUUCCCGCUCCACCUGCGGGCGAGCGAGCUGGCCAUGGACUGCCGUGUGCCAAGGGGCUGCCGGGCUGAGCCCUGAGCCCGCCGGGGCCGGCCAUGGGCGACCGCGAGCGCAAUAAGAAGCGGCUGCUGGAGCUGCUGCAGGCGGCGGGCACCGGCAACGCGUACUGCGCAGACUGCGGGGCGGCGGAUCCCGACUGGGCCUCUUACAAGCUGGGCAUCUUUAUCUGUCUGAACUGCUCCGGAGUCCACCGCAACUUUCCAGACAUCAGCAAAGUGAAAUCCGUCAGACUUGACUUCUGGGACGACAGUAUCGUGGAGUUUAUGACCCACAACGGGAACCUCCGAGUGAAGGCCAAGUACGAAGCCAGAGUCCCUGCAUUCUACUAUAUCCCCCAGGCCAGCGACUGCAUGGUCUUAAAAGAACAGUGGAUUCGAGCUAAGUAUGAGAGACAGGAAUUUAUGGCUGAUGGGAAAACCACCUCAGCCCCAGGUAACAGAGAAGGGUUCCUGUGGAAGCGGGGAAGGGACAACGCACAGUUCCUGAAAAGGAGGUUUGUCCUCCUGGCAAGAGAAGGCCUUCUGAAGUACUACACUAAAGAAGAGGGUAAAGACCCCAAAGCUGUCAUCAGCAUCAAGGACUUGAAUGCCACCUUCCAGACAGAGAAGAUUGGGAACCCCCACGGGCUGCAGAUCACCUACCGGAGAGAUAGCCAUGUUCGGAACCUCUUUGUGUACCACGAGAAUGGGAAGGAGAUAGUGGACUGGUUCAACGCCCUCCGUGCAGCUCGUCUCCAAUACCUAAAAAUGGCCUUUCCUGAGCUCCCAGAGUCUGAGCUUGUGCCCCUCAUCACCAGGAACUAUCUCAAACAAGGCUUCAUGGAAAAGACCGGUCCGAAGGCUGGCCCUCUGACCUCUGUGCCUCACCCCUGCCUGGCCAAGCCUGAUACAAAGUUCCCUCUUCUGCAGCAGAGAGAACCUUUCAAGAAAAGGUGGUUUGCUCUGGAUUCCCAAGAGCGCAGGCUGCUUUAUUACAAGAACCCACUGGAUGCCUUCGAGCUGGGCCAGGUGUUUCUUGGGAGCAAUGAACAGGGGUACCAGGUAUUUGAAGACCUGCCCAAGGGCAUCCGAGGAAACCGCUGGAAAGCUGGCCUCACCAUCGUCACCCCCCACCGGAGGUUCGUCUUCACCUGCCCCAGCGAGAAGGAGCAGCGUGAAUGGUUGGAGAGUUUUCGAGAGGUCCUCUCCAGCCCCUUGACGCCCCUCAACCUCCUUGCUGUGUCAACAGAGAGUGACUGCAGCCACAGGUGACCCACUGGCCACCCAGCGCGCCUGGUGGAGAGUUGCCACUUCAGCCUUGGGGGCCCCGCAGGAGUGCCCCCCCCAAGUCAGCAGCUGUCACGGGCAGUGAACUCUGCCAAGACCAAAGCUUUGGCCUUUACCUGCUGGCUCCCUGGGCCUCCCCACUACCCUAGGGGUCUGGGGAGCUGGUAAAUGUCCUCCGGGCUCAGGACACCGGGAAUGAAGGCACUGCAAUGGGAAGGCACCCAUGGCAUCAGCCAAGCUUGCUGAAAAAAACAGAAAACAACAAAAAGUUUAAUCUGAAUCCAACCAGGAGGAAACAAUCGGACAAGUCCACAUUAGAGGAAUUCUGCAAAACGACUGGCUAGACACUUCAACACUGCCAGUAUCAUGAAAGGUCAAGUAGUCUGAAAACUGUUCUAGAUUAGACAAGACUAAAGAGACAUAGCCACAAAGUGCAAUUCAUGAUUCUUGAUUAGAUCUUGGAUUUUAAAAGAAACAGGUUUUGAGAUGUAAUCGAGAUAACUGGGGAAGUUCCAAUAUGGAUGUAUAUUAGCUAGAAGUAUUGUGAUAUUGUGCUGUAUUUGUGUAGGAGGAUGCUCUUGUUCUUAGGGAUUCUGAAGUGGUCAGGGAUAAAAUAUAAUAUGUCUACAACUGACCUAAAUGGUUCAGCAAAAUAUAAAUGUAUUUGUACAUA